GCCGCCGAGUUCCAGCAGUCCGCGAGCUGCCAUCGGCUCCGCGCGGGGGGGGCGGGCCGGGCACCCCGGGGGCGCGGAGGAGCGCUCUUUGCUUCUCUCAACUCUCCCCCCACUCCUCACUCCAGGGCACUCAAACCAAUCCACGCUGCUUCCCUCUCCCUUUUCUAGCCCCCCAGCAAACUUUCGGUCCCACCUCCGCCCCUCGCCCGUUAUUCGUCGUGGCUCAAGCCCCGCCGCGCUGGCCCGAGGGCUUCUCCGGACCUCUCCGUCUGCAGCUGCGACCAUUACAGGACCCAGAAACAUGUCGACCACACUUCUGUCCGCCUUCUACGAUAUCGACUUCUUGUGCAAGACGGAGAAAUCCCUGGCCAACCUCAAUCUGAACAGCAUGCUGGACAAGAAGGCGGUGGGGACGCCGGUGGCCGCCGCCCCCAGCUCGGGCUUCGCGCCGGGUUUCCUCCGACGGCACUCGGCCAGCAACCUGCACGCGCUCGCCCACCCCGCGCCCAGCCCCAGCAGCUGCUCGCCCAAGUUCCAGGGUGCCGCUAACGGCGGCAGCUGUGGCGGCGGCGCUGCGGCCGGCGGCCCGGCCUCCUACGGCACCCUCAAGGAGCCGUCGGGGGGCGGCGGCACGGCCCUGCUCAACAAGGAGAACAAAUUCCGGGACCGCUCGUUCAGCGAGAACGGGGAGCGCAGCCAGCACCUCCUGCACCUGCAGCAGCAGCAGAAGGGCGGCGGCGGGGGCUCCCAGAUCAACUCCACGCGCUACAAGACCGAGCUGUGUCGGCCCUUCGAGGAGAGUGGCACGUGCAAGUACGGCGAGAAGUGCCAGUUCGCGCACGGCUUCCACGAGCUGCGCAGCCUGACGCGGCACCCGAAGUACAAGACGGAGCUGUGCCGCACCUUCCACACCAUCGGCUUCUGCCCCUACGGGCCGCGCUGCCACUUCAUCCACAACGCGGAUGAGCGGCGGCCUGCGCCGUCGGGGGGCGCCUCGGGGGACCUGCGCGCCUUCAGCCCGCGCGACGCGCUGCACCUGGGCUUCGCGGCGCCCCCUCGAGAGCCGCGGCCCAAGCUACACCACAGUCUCAGCUUCUCGGGCUUCCCGUCGGGCCACCACCAGCCCCCGGGGGGCCUCGAGUCGCCGCUGCUGCUCGACAGCCCCACGUCGCGCACGCCACCCCCGCCCUCGUGUUCCUCAGCCUCGUCCUGCUCCUCGUCGGCCUCGUCCUGCUCUUCGGCCUCGGCGGCCUCCACGCCCUCCGGCGCCCCGGCAUGCUGUGCCUCGGCCGCGGCCGCAGCAGCUGCGGCGCUGCUGUAUGGCGCGGGGGGCGCCGAGGACCUGCUCCCGCCAGGCUCCCAGUGCGCCGCCUGCUUGGCGGCCUCGUGUGCCAACAACGCCUUCGCCUUCGGCCCGGAGCUGAGCAGCCUGAUCACGCCGCUCGCCAUCCAGACCCACAACUUCGCCGCUGUGGCAGCCGCCUACUAUCGCAGCCAGCAGCAGCAGCAGCAAGGCCUGGCGCCCCCGGCGCAGCCCCCGGCGCCGCCCAGCGCGCCCCUCCCUGCCAGCGCCGCUGCGCCGCCCUCGCCUCCCUUCAGCUUCCAGCUGCCGCGCCGCCUGUCGGAGUCUCCGGUGUUCGAUGCGCCCCCCAGCCCCCCAGACUCGCUGUCGGACCGCGACAGCUACCUGAGCGGCUCCCUGAGCUCGGGCAGCCUCAGCGGUUCCGAGUCCCCCAGCCUCGACCCUGGCCGGCGCUUGCCCAUCUUCAGCCGCCUCUCCAUCUCCGACGACUGAGGCAAGAGGGCGCCAGUGAGGAGGAGGAGGAGAAGAAAGGGGGGCAAGGCCUCUGGGGGGGUGUUGGAGGACACCCCUGGCCACCUCGCCCCUGCUGGGGGGCGGGGAUCGGACAUAGGCCACUGGCGGACUGCAGGCCGGCCGAGCACUUGGGACUCGAACUCUGCUUGGAGCGGGCCCCACCCCUCCC